AUGAAUGCCCAGAGGCUUUUACGAGCUACCAAACUGAACAAACCCAUUCUUUUGCAAGGCUCACCUGGUGUUGGCAAGACAAGCUUGGUGGCAGCAUUAGCAAAGGCUUCAGGACACACUCUCAUUCAAAUCAACUUAUCGGAGCAGACAGAUAUCACAGACCUAUUUGGAGCAGAUCUCCCUGUUGAAGGUGGCAAGGGAGGAGAAUUUGCCUGGCGCGACGGCCCCCUGCUGGCAGCUCUGAAGGAGGGGCACUGGGUGGUGUUGGAUGAGCUUAACCUGGCUUCUCAGUCCAUAUUGGAAGGACUCAGUGCUUGCUUUGACCAUCGAGGAGAAAUCUUCGUACCAGAAUUGGGGAUGACUUUUCAAGUACAGCAUGAAAAGACAAAGAUUUUUGGAUGUCAGAAUCCUUUUAGACAAGGAGGUGGGAGGAAGGGCUUACCCAGGUCUUUCCUUAGCAGAUUUACUCAGGUUUUUGUGGAUCCUCUUACAGUAAUUGAUAUGGAAUUUAUUGCCAGUGCUUUGUUUCCAGCCAUUGACAAAACUAUUGUGAAGAAAAUGGUCGUUUUUAAUAACCAAAUUGAUCACAAAGUGACUGUUGAGAAGAAAUGGGGCCAAAAAGGAGGACCCUGGGAGUUCAGCCUCCGGGAUCUUUUCCGCUGGUGUCAGUUGAUGCUCGUCGAACAGUUCUCUGGUUAUUACGAUCCUGGCCAGCAUGUGUUUUUGGUCCAUGGGAAGAGGAUGAGAACCUGAGAAGACAAAGAAAAGCUUAACCUGGCUUCUCAGUCCAUAUUGGAAGGACUCAGUGAUUGCUUUGACAUUCGAGGAGGAAUCUUCGUACCAGAAUUGGGGAUGACUUUUCAAGUACAGCAUGAAAAGACAAAGAUUUUUGGAUGUCAGAAUCCUUUUAGACAAGGAGGUGGGAGGAAGGGC